CCUGCGUUGUUUAUUUCUGUAUGGUGGCAAUUAGCCGCUGCUAGCUGAAACAGAUCCAUGCAAACCCGCACGGAGCAAAUGGAAAAGGCAGCACUUUCCAGACAGCCAGUCUCUCCUUCAUCAGCGCGUCUCUGUCUGUUUGCGGCGCUGCUGCGGACGGCUCCGCUACUUUCCCCACACUGAGUCCCCGUUUUCCCUUCUCCUUUUUCUUUCUUCCCUUUUUUUUGUAAUUAUUGGGACUUGCUGGGUUUGUAAUGAUGUUGAGCGGCGUGUCUCUGCGCGCUCAGAUCGCCUCCGUGCUCGACGCCCUGGCCAAAGCCGCCGUGGCGGAGAUCUCAAAAGUAGUGGAGGACGGCAUGGUGGUGCUGCGGAUGGACGUGUGUCAGCGCGAGGACGAGAUCCGCAGGCUGAAGAGCAGCGUGCAGGUCCUGCACGACGAGCUGAGAGCCGCCCGGGCGGGGGCCCCGAGGGCCCCCCGGGGCCCCCAGCACGAGAGUCAGAGAGCUGUUGGAGAUGAGCGGAGCUCGCUUGAGAAGGCCGAGGAGAGCCAGAGCUGCUUGUCUGCACCUGCAGUGCAGGUGAAGUGUGAACCUCUGGAGGGGAACGCUGAAGAGGCCAGGAGGCAACCUGACAAGCCGGGAGAGCCCUUCCUCUACGAAGAUGGGCAGUGGAGAUCCAGGACUCACAACCAGACUGCGUGCAGCGGCUCCGACUACUUGCCUCUGCGGCAGAACUCCCUGCCGUGUCUGUCCGAGCCGCCUCUGGGCCCUCGGGUGGCCGUGUCCCACUGCGGCGCCGGAGCCGGCUCUGGCGGGUUCCAGCUGAACCCUCUGGGCCGCGGCCUGCUGGGCUUCAGUCAGCAUCGGAACGCCAUCUGGAGGAGGUCGGUGAAGAGGCUGAUGUUGAAGAAAGGCUUCAUCUGUCCGUACUGCGGCAAAUGCUUCGAGCGCUCCGGACACCUCGAGAGGCACAAGAGGAUUCACACGGGCGAGAAACCGUAUCUCUGCGAGAUCUGCGGCCGGCGCUUCAACCAGAAAUGCAGCCUCAAGGAGCACAUGAAGAUCCACAGGAGAUAUCUCCAGCAAAGACCAGUAGAGGUCCAGGUGGGUCAGCCCAACCAGAUUCCUGAGGUGAAUCGCCCUGAAGACGGAGGCCUGGCGAAGGCCGAGGACGGUCUGGCACACGAUGCCCCGCCAACACCUGUGCAGGUGAAAUCAGAGCCCAGGGAGGAGACCGUCACGCAGCCGCUGUUCAACGGGGGACACGAGGAGACGACGGGCGAAACAACGGGCGAAACGACGGGCGAGACGACGGGCGAGGCGGACGGCCUCGGGGAGAACUUCCCAACGCUGGAGGCCGACGGCAAGAUGUGGAUGCCAAGGCUGCAAAACAAGCCCGAGGGGAGCGGCGCGGACGUCCCGCCCUGCUCGUCACAGAACAUGAGCUCCUUCCCCGGUUUAGCGCCGCCACUACCGCCGACUGGGGAACCUUCCUGCAGCACCUUCUCCUUCCCAGGAAAAGCAUACGGUGACUCCACAAACGGCCCGAUCUCUCAAACGGCCUACGGAUCCCCGGACACGCUGAUGGUGCCGAGUAAAGCGGGCCUGGUUGGCAUGGCGACGGCCGGGCCGGACCACCAGCAGCAGCGGAGGAGCAGGUCUUUUCAGGUGGUCAAACCCAAGAAAUGCUUCAUCUGCUCGUACUGCGGCAAGAUCUUCGAGCGAGCCGGACACCUAGAGAGACAUUUACGCAUUCACACCGGGGAGAAGCCGUACGGUUGCCACAUCUGUGGGCGCUGCUUUAAUCAGAAGAGCAGCCUCAAGGGUCACAUGAAGACGCACAGAAACGGGGAGAUCUCAGAUGUUCUGGAAGCCCAUCAUCUCAUGUUCACAGUGCCGGAUAAUCAGCUGUUGGAUAAGUUUGAGCCCCCGAACGGACCAGCACCUCUGCAGGAACAGCUCCACGGACCUGGGUACGCUGAGACUCUACGGGGGGAAACGGUACCGGUAAAGAUGGAGCCCAAAGGCGAGGAUUUUCACUCUAUAAACCAGAUAGCGACAGAUGGUAGUAUUUCUGAAGUACCUGAAAAUAUCCACCUAUGGACCUCGGCAAUGGAGAAGACUAGUGAGACUCCUGACCAGGCUGUUUGCAUACUUUUACAGGAUGUUAAAUAUCACCUCAACCCACCUGCUGGAGCAGCCAGUGAGCAGCAGGGAUACCCGUCCUCAGUCAAAGAUCUGGCCUUUUUAGACGAUAAAGAAAAAGAAGAGAUGAUGCAUUGCGAUCAGUAUCCAUUCAUGGGAGUUCAGCCGAGAGACUCUGAACUAACUCUCGUACCGGAGCCGCCCGAGUUGGCUGUGAGCGAUUACGGCUCAGUGACCGGUGGGACUCAUGAGGGAGGUGUCCUGGAGUUUAAUAUGACCACCGUAGGCAGCCAGGAGGACAACUACGGCCGAGACGCCACCAGACAGAACGGUUACAUUUGCUCGAGUUGCGGGCAAAGCUUUGAUAGUUUCAGCAUGUUUCAGGAGCACCCGUGUGAAAAGGAGCAGGGCUUCAGCUGUGAGAUAUGUGGCAAGACUUUCAGCCACGCGAGCAUCCUGAAGCUCCACCUGAAACUGCAUGUAAAUUAAAAAUCAUUGCCAAAUGUACACAGGAGACGAGUUACAUAUUUUCCAUAUUUUCACUGGAUGUUACCUUAUUCAGCUCUAACAAAUGUGGCAAAUUAUUUCUACGGGACCAAAAUAAUUACCUGUCAAAUAUCAAAAUCAAGGAGUCAUUUUCUGGCUCUCUGGAAAGAGACAAUUUCUGUUGGAAUAGACAGUAUAUAAAUCAAAUUGAAUUAUAUUGAAACAUUCCUAUAAUUUAAGAAUCAAUGUUUUCUUAAAAUAAACUUGUCUUUACAUCACAGGGAGCAGAUUAAGAUUCUUAGACUAAUCACAAAUUAAAUCAUGUUUUCAUCAUUUUUCCUCGUCAUGCUCCACAAUGGAUUUGAAAUGAAGCGUUCAAGACAUGCUGCUCCACUGAUUUGUUUAUGUGGUAUUUAUUAUAUGCUGAAGCGUCAAAGCUGCCCAUUUCCAUCUGGAUGGAGCUUGUUAAACGUUAAUCUGAUGGUAGCAUUUAUUAUUUUUGUAAUAAAGAUUCAAUAUGUGAUAUUUUGUAAAAGAAAUUAUGGUUUGUAUGAACAUAUUAUUUUCAACUGUUACAUUUGAGCUUGAAAAAAAAAACGAGCAACUUUGUCUAAAAAAAUGUCUCAAAUAUUUUUGUUUAACUCUUUUGAGUUGAAGCUUAAAGUCUUUAUUUCAACCGAAAUCUUGAUUUACUUAAUUUUAAAUGCAUUGUGGUAAAAAAUACCUUCAAACCUGACUUUCACAGUACGACGUUAAUCAGUUAUUAAUGUGCCUCAGUAAUGUACUGUAUCUGUAUGUUUGCCACAAAGCUGCGUUUAGUCAGUGGGAACAAAAAGUAAAGUAAAAACUGAUGUGGGCACUUUAGAAAAAAAAUAAAUAAAAAUAUAAAAAAUAUAUUUAUUUUUUAUUUUAUUUGGUUGCAUCCUAAUUUGAAAUCGUUCAGCCUCUUCACUCCGCCCAAAGCAGCAGAUGACAGCAUGGUAAAAUGUUCUACCUCAGUGAUGGAAAGGGUUCCCACAAGGUGGAUAAGAAGCCUAUCGGUAUGAUGCCAGUGCCAAUAUUAGUCAUGUGAUCAAUAAUUACUAACCUCAAACACAACUGUAGCAUGAUUCACUAUUAUCACACGGCCUUUUGCAAUAAUUGUCACUUUGUACAGGAGGUAAAUUAUGUUUCUUUUUGUAUUUUUAAAUAAACUGAAAAUGAACCGUGAAA